AUGCGCGUCGUGACAGGGAAUGGAUCUGCGGAUGCUAUUGUGAUUGAUAACCAUGCUGCUGGAGCUAAGUAUCCCCAUCAUGCUUAUGAUCACCGAUUAUGCGCUACACCCUCGAUCAUACAGGUUGAGGCUUAUGCGAGAAUCAAUGGGGUAUUGAAAUACUUUAAGGAUUCGGUCCUCUACCUUGGACAGUUUUUCAAGGACCCGAGAUCCUUGUUGAAAGUCAUGAGAGAGAUCGGAACUACACCGGGAGGUGUCGAGCAUCAAGAGCAGCCAACUUUCUCCCAUCCCAGUACGACGGGACUUUCCUCAGAGCUGGGUUUCUGCUGCAAGAGAGAAUGA